AUGGUUUUUUUUUUUUGGUCGCAGCGGGAAAAGGAGAAGGUGAGGUUGGACGAGAAGAACGUGGUGGUGAUGAAGGAUCACAUUCCGAAGUCCAUGUGGAAGCUGCUGAGUAAUCCUGUGUACGUGAUCACGUGUCUCGGGGCUUGUAUGGAACUCAUCAUCGUGUCCGGAUUCCUGGUCUUCCUCCCCAAGUACUUGGAAACCCAAUUCUCACUCACCAAGAGCCAAGCCAGCGUUUUCACUGGUGGAGUUGCAAUCCCAGGUGCCUCAGUGGGGAUUUUCAUGGGAGGCUUUAUACUGAAGCGAUUCCAGUUGAAACCCAAGGGUGCCCUGGGCCUGGUGAUCAGUUUCAAUGCACUUUGCCUGGCAUGCUACUCACUCCUUUUCUUUGUGGGCUGCGACAAUCCCCUGAUGGCUGGUACCACGCUACCGUAUUACUCGUCCGAAGAUGGCGCCACUGCAAAGGACUGA